CACAGCCAAGAUGGCAACUUCCAUGGUUCAGAGAAAUUUGCCUUAUGUAAAACAGCAAUUUACAGCGGCCCUGGGCAAUAGUAGUGUCGUUGUCAAAUUCAUAAGUGUAGCAGUGUUUGGCUGCUAUUUUUUGUCAUUCAGUGAGGCCGCCAUAUCAUAUACAACAGUCACUCCAGGUUAUGUUUUACCUCCGAACUUUUGGGUCUGGACCUACUUGACGUUCAGUUUCAUAGAAGCCCAUGUAUGGAUCAUGCUCUUUGAUGUGGCUGUUAUAGUAUUUUGUGGAAAACUUUUAGAACCGCUCUGGGGUGCCCUUGAAAUGUUAAUCUUCUAUCUACUGGUGAACAUUAGCGUAGCGGCGAUAACGACAAGUGUUUACGUUUUUGUGUAUUUUGUUUCAAAAAACGAAGAUUAUCUUUUCCAUACACACAUCAACGGUUUGGCCGGCUACAUAGGUGGAUUCGCUGUCGCAGUUAAACAGAUCAUGCCAGAUAACAUACUUGUUAAUUCGCCGUUUGGGAAACUACGGAACAGGCAUAUUCCCAUCCUAUUGCUAAUCAUUGCAAUCAUGCUAAGACUGGCUGGUGCGUUAGAUGGACCAUACCCAAUCAUGUUCGGCGCUGGAAUUCUUGUGAGUUGGACGUAUCUGCGAUUUUAUCAGAAGCACAGUAAUGGAAACAGAGGGGACAUGGCUGAUAACUUUACAUUUGCUAGUUUCUUUCCUGACACACUCCAGCCGGUCAUUGGUGUUAUUUCCAACACGAUAUUCAGCUUCUUAGUGAAGAUCAAAGCGUGUAAAAAACCGCAGAGGAAAUACGAUGUCAGUUCACCGACGACUAUAACUGUCAGCCUCCCAGGCACUGAUCCUCAGGAUGCUGACAGGAGAAGACAAUUGGCCCUGAAAGCAUUAAAUGAACGUCUUUCCAAAACGGAUCCACAGGUCAAUUGGCCAUCAAUGGACGAGGGUGAGGCCACCAAGAAGGAAGGAGAAAAAAGCAAAGAUAUUAAGGAAGGAUCGCCUUCUGCUUCAAAACUUCCUGUACCGGACUUUAAAGAGAAUGCCAAGCAUGUUGAUGAUGAUGUCGAGGUUGUAUGAAGUGAAAGGUUGCGGGACUGAGGUUUGCUGUAGUUGUAAUGAUGCGAUCUGAUAUCCAGAAGGAAGACUUUUAUAGACUCUGGUUAUGUUUAAAUGGGGGAUGUGGUCGAUCUCCAUGAUUAAAAGCAAAGUAUCCGAGAGAAACUUCCAUAGCUAUGCUCCUUUAACAAGAGUAUACUGAGGAGAUGGCCUGCUAAUUUGGGUUGCUGUAAAUAUGAAAUAUUAAAGGUGGACUAUAGGCAGAAGUUAAGGGGCCAGUUUGUCCUCUUUGAGUGACUAAUAUGCUAGGAGCAGGGUUGUGUUUGAUUCAGCAUAGAUACGAUGUGUUCUCAGUGUCAGAUGUGAGAGACCCCUAUUGGGGACUAGUGUAAGCUAAUUCUGACCUGUCUAGCUGCUGCCUCUAGACUCCCUUUAAGCUAAAAGCCAAAUGUUCUUGGAUGUCAAAUAUCUCUGAACAAUAUCGUAGAAUUUUUUAAUGUCUUACUGUAGCAGGAAGUCGGAGUUGCAGAAAGUGUUGCCAGGCAGAGAAUUGUGUAUAUUUUCAACUCCGUGUUUGUAUAAUUUAUUGAUACUGUCCUUAAACUUGGUAUUGAAUGCUUCACCAGGUAGUAAGAUUCAAGCAGGUGUUUUUGUAGAAAGUUUUUAUCUAAUCUGCAUCUCUACUGUUGUACAUAGGUAGGCAUGACUAAUUCUCUUUGGAAGGAUUUGGUUGGUAAGGGGAACUUUUUUGCAGUUAUUGUCCGGGCUUGUUGUGAACACAGAUUUCACUCAUUGGUACAUCAAAUAUUGCUACAUCUCAUCAUAAUCUGCCACAACUCUGGAAUCAAUAUCUUGUACAUAGUUUCCUUUACGUGUUAUUUGUUGAAAAUUUGUGGCUUUGCUGACCAAUAAUGAUCUUGAUAGCACAGCCAGCAUGCCUGUCAUCGGUAACGUCUGUCAAGUACAUUUAACUCUCUAUGUCGAUGAGUAGUUUGUUCUCCUAUAAUUCCUCAUAGGCUGUAACAUCUCAGCCAGUCGCUUCGUGGCCAUUCUAACACUGAUAGAGCCAGGGAACGACUGGUUGAAGCGUUGCAGCCGACAUUCAUGUCCUAUAAGAAGAGAGCCAUAAUACCAAAUCAAUGUCCAGUACACCUUCCUUAAAUGUGACUUGCGAGAACUUUCAUCAUUGGGAAAUAUUUUCAACUGUUAAAGUAGGAGAGCGGUGUUGUUUGUUGGGCAUUUGAGUUUGGGAAUUGCAUCUUGGCAGCUGGGAGCCCAGUAGCCUAUCAGUUGGUGCAAACCUCAUUUUCCAAACUUGUUCAGACAGGGAUCCUCAUGGUUUACUGUUAACUAUGAAUUGUCCGUGAAGUUAAAAUUACCUCAUUCAAUCGGCUCAUAUUAUUUGGGCAACUAAAUUCCACGCUCCUGCCAAAAUUUCAUGAUUAAUGCAUUCGAGUUGACAUUUUGGCAAGUUUAAUGUUUGCAAUUUCCAGCAUUUUUGCCGGGUGCUUACAAUCAGUUGAUGAUGACUGAGUACGCCCUUCUACCAAACACAUAAACAGAUGUAAAUUGUGGACCCGAUUGUUACCCAUCGUUAUUUCAAACAUUUUCGCUUCUUUGUCGGAUGUUGGUUGAAAGUGAGAGAUGAUUUUUUUUCAUUUCUGAUAAAAAUCGCUUGGGUUAACAAUUCACAUUGGCUUGACAAGGUAGAAAGGCGUACAUUACAGAAAUGGCCCUCUUUCAUGUUGUCCUUGUUGAUAUGAUGCUACCAAAUUUUAUGUGAAAAUUCUAAUUACGUUUGCACAUACAUACUUGUAUGGUUUUAUUGAGUGGUAGAACUAGAAAUGUUGUUACAAAUGUGUAGGGGCCACGAUUCUCACUAUAUUCAGACAAUUUGAUUAAAAAAAAAAUUUCUAAGCUCCAGUUCCGUUAGCAAGUGGUCAUGUUCAUUUGUUUUUCCUUGUGGCUAAUUGACCGGCUGAAAGAUUAAGAUGGGAAGAUUUUGCAAUUUUUACUCAAUAUUUCCCGAUCCGUUUGAACGGGAACCGAGUGACAGGGGCAGGGUCCGAUGGGGUAUAGGAAACGGUGCCUACAUGAACCCUAUCUGGACAAACGCUGCAUAACACUCGGUUAAGAAUUUUACUAGUCGCGAACUGAAUUUUACAUUUGAAAAUGUACUACUAGAGGACAUAUUGUAAAAUAAUAGAAAAGUAUCAAAUAGUUAUUGUAACCGAGGGAUAAAUCUGUAUAACGUGAAAUAAAACAUAUUUUUUUGUUAUGUAA